AAAUUGAUAAUCAUGAGACUUGUUAUAGAAAUGGUGGUUAUGAUUUUACUAGCACUACACAGGUAAGGCUUACUAAUUACCACCACGGAUGUGGUCAUUCACAUGCCGAAUAUGAAGAUUUGAAAACAAGAUAUAGCACGUUAGAAAGAGAACAGCAAUUAACUAACCAAUUAAAUGCUGAGAGAAGCAGUAGUAUUAAUACUAGAGCAAGUGAAAGACUAGAAGAACAGAGAGUUCAAUCAACGUUAAGAAAUGAAAAAACACUGGUAGAGAGAGAUUUGACUAGUGCUAGGAAUGAAAUUGGGUCGCUUAAAAAUCUGAUUGAAGCGGGUAAGAAUGAAUUAAGUUUAGUUAAGGUAGAAAAAGACAAUCAGAUAGCAUUAGUGAAAGUUGAGUUAACUGAAAAAGAGAGUGAACUAAAAGAAUUAGAAAAAUCAAUGGCAGAUCUGCGAGUAGAUCAUGAGAAAGAGAAUGCCGAAAAGGAACUUCAAAUUAUCGAAGUAAAAGCAUUACGGGAAAAAUUAGGAUUAUCACAAGAGGAACUUUUAGAAGAAAAAAUUCGUUUAAAACAAGAGAAAUUAGAAACUUUUGCUGGUGACACGAAAAUUAGUUUAGAGCAAAUUCAAAAUUUAUGCGAUUAUUAUGAAACUAUAAUUAGUUCUCGUCUAAGUUAUAAUCGUGAUGGUAUCAAAGAAGCAGAAAAAAGUAUUUCAAAAAUUAAGCAAGAAAUUUCUCAGUCAGGAAUUCAGAUGGGAAAAAUUCAGAAGUUUUGCCAUAAAUGUGAAAAAAUGGCAAAAUUAAGAUCACAAUUAGAUCAAAUUCUAAGUCAACAGUUUGAAGCCAAACAGGAGCAAGAAAAAGCUAAUGAGGAAAUGAGAAAGGUUAAUCAAGCAUUUGAGAUUUUAGGCGAUGAAGACCUAAGAAAAAAAUACGAUUUAGGCAUAACUGAUUUUCCCUCUGAUACUCCUAGUUAUCAAUAUGAUUAUAAAGAAGAAGUUCGAAGACAAGAAGCAGAAUUGCGAAGAAAAGAAGGUGAAAUUAUAGAUCUUGAAUUAGAAAUACUUAAAUUAGAAAUGAAAGCUCUCGAUCGUUCCUCCACUCUUAAUGAGAUUGGAGCAGCUUUCAAUUUUACUUUUCCACAAGUUCAUGCUGAACAUUUAGAUUCAACCCUUUGA